AUGAAGGACAUAUACAGUGAUAUUGAAAAGAGGGUGGCUGAAGAUGAGCAAGCUCUUUCUAUCCUCCAAGUUCUGGCUUUAAACGACCCAUCUUCUCUUAAUGUGAGAGAGGAAUCGAUUGCUAGAAGCUCUUGGCUCUCUUUACGCGUGGCUGAAGAAUUUUCGCCAGGUGAGAUUCGAGAAGCUUUGUUGCGUUUGCCUUUGAGUAAAACCCCGGGGCCAGAUGGUUACCCGGUUGAAUUUUACAGGUCUUACUGGCAGGUACUGGGGACCGAAUUUAUUAAAGCGGUGCAAGAUUUCUUUGCAAGCUUUUUCUUACCGUCUUGUGUUAAUGCCACUUCUCUGAUUCUAAUCCCAAAGCGAAGGGGAGCUGAUGUUCUGAAGGAUUUCAGACCAAUUUCUUGUAUGAAUACAAGCUACAAAGUGAUCUCUCGGAUUCUCUCGAACAGACUAAAGAAGAUCCUCCCAACUGUUAUUCUCCCAAAUCAGACGACGUUUGUAAAGGGUAGACUUUUGAUUGAGAAUGUAUUGUUAGCUUCAGAGGUACUUCAGAAGUAUCAUCUGGAAUUGGUCUCGCCUAGGAUCACUCUAAAAGUGGAUAUUUCCAAGGCGUUUGAUUCCGUUUGGUGGGAUUUUGUUCUAAAUGCAUUGGCUUCUUAUGGCGUUCCUGUGAUGCAGGGGGAUCCUUUAUCACCAAUCUUUUUUGUGAUGCUAAUGAAUGUCCUCUCAUUAAUGCUGAACAAAGCGGCUCAAGACAAAAAUUUUGGUUAUCACCUGGGGUGUGAAGUUUUAGAGCUUACUCAUUUGUGUUUCGCUAAUGAUUUACUCAUUUUCCUGGAUGGAACGGAAGCUUCUCUGGCUGGAGUCUUCACGGUUAUAUCUCAGUUUGAAAAGUUCUUUGGACUCUCGGUUAAUAUCUCAAAAACCUCCAUGUUCUCUUCGGGUUUAAGUGAAGAUGACUUAAAUCAUAUGCAAUCAAAAUUUCCUCUCCCCCGUGCAUCAUUGCCUGUCUGCUACCUUGGACUUCCCCGUGCAUCAUUGCCUGUCCGCUACCUUGGACUUCCCCCGUGCAUCAUUCACGGAGCUAAAGUCGCUUGGGCUGAUCUGUGUUAUCCUAAAAGGGAAGGUGGCCUUGGCUCUAUAUGGGUAGCCUGGAUCCGGUCCAAGUAUCUUUCCACAACUACUUUCUGGGCACUUAAUGAAAAUUCCUCUUCAGUCUCAUGGAUGUUCAGGAAGUUGUUAAAGUUGAGGCACAAAGCUAUAAAUUUUCUCAGGAUAAAGGUGGGUACAUGGGAGGAUACUUUCUUCUGGUGGGAUCCUUGGACACCUUUUGGAUCACUUAUUCACUUUCUUGGGGCCGACGCUCCCCGUCGUCUUGGCAUCCCGAUUUUUUCCUUGGUUUCGGAUUACAAAUCAGGGGCGAACUGGAUACUUCUUUCUGCAAGAUCAGAUUCGUUUCUGGAAGUCCUUACUUUCAUCACUUCUCUCCUCCACUCCACACAUAGCGACAUUCCCGUUUGGAUUAUUAACACCAAGGAAUUUGAGUAUUACAGCUCUAAGGAUAUGUGGAACUCUCUUCGCCUAUCAAGACCGCAUGUUCCCUGGUUCUCCCUUGUUUGGCAUAAAGCUGCUGUGCCUAAACACUCAUUAGCUGUCUGGUUGUUUCUUCAGAAUAGAAACCCCACCUUGGACCAGAUGAUUCAAUGGGGAUUGGAUGUCGAACCUAUAUCUUUGCUUUGUAGUCUGCACAAUGAGUCUAGAGACCACUUGUUCUUUGAGUGCUCCUACUCCUAUGAAGUCUGGUCAUCUUUGGUCGGUAUAAUGGGUCUCCCAUCUCCACCUUCGGUUUGGGAUCAGAUCAUCCAAUGGCUCCCGUCAAUUUCAAACACUACAGUCACUUCCCUUGCUCUUCUACAAGGGUGGCAUGCUACCAUCUACGAAAUUUGGAAUGAGCGCAACCGUCGUUUCCAUGAUGGUACAACUCUUCCCCAAUCUAGCAUUCUGAGAAUAAUACGCAGGGCUGUAAGAAACAAAUCCUCUGCACUUAAACUCCAAGCAACAGAGCAUGGUGAGCUCCUCGAGCAGUUCUGGUCUACCUAUUGA